CACCAGUCACACUUAAAUUCCAGUCUAGAAUUAAAGUCUUCAGUCUCCACAUUUCCUACUUUCCAAAUUCAGCUUUUCCAGGAGGUCUGGAGCAGCUGCCUCUCUGGGGAGAUGCUGGAGGUCUCAGAAUCACCUCACACAGCCUCAGGGCCCAGUUGGAGCCACUCCAAGUGACACCAGCAGGCAGAUGACCAGAGAGCCUGAGCCCCCAGCCCCGAGUCUGUGAAGCCAGCAGCCACUGACAUGCUCCCAGCCGCCGGGCUGGAGAAGCCACUGUGGGCACCACCGUGGAGGAAACAGGCCCGUUGCCCUGGUCCCUUUGCCUUGGGCCAGCCCUUGUGAAGUGGGCCCUCUUCUGGGCCCCUUGAGUAGGUUCCAUGGCAUUUUCUGAACUCCUGGACCUCGUGGGUGGCCUGGGCAGGUUCCAGGUUCUCCAGACAGUGGCUCUGAUGGUCUCCAUCAUGUGGCUGAGUACCCAGAGCAUGCUGGAAAACUUCUCGGCCGCUGUGCCCAGCCACCGCUGCUGGGCACCCCUCCUGGACAACAGCACAGCCCAGGCCGGCAUCCCAGGGGGCCUGACUCCUGAGGCCCUCCUGGCUGUCUCCAUCCCACCAGGCCCCAACCAGGGGCCCCACCAAUGCCGCCGCUUCCGCCAGCCACAGUGGCAGAUCUUGGACCCCAAUGCCACGGCCACCAACUGGAGCGAGGCCGACACGGAGCCGUGUGUGGACGGCUGGGUCUAUGACCGCAGCAUCUUCACCUCCACCAUCGUGGCCAAGUGGAACCUGGUGUGUGACUCUCAUGCCCUGAAGCCCAUGGCCCAGUCCAUCUACCUGGCUGGGAUUCUGGUGGGAGCUGCUGCAUGCGGCCCUGCCUCAGACAGGUUCGGGCGCAGGCUGGUACUAACCUGGAGCUACCUUCAGAUGGCUGUGAUGGGCACGGCAGCUGCCUUCGCCCCCACCUUCCCCGUGUACUGCCUGUUCCGCUUCCUGUUGGCCUUUGCCGUGGCAGGCGUCAUGAUGAACACAGGCACUCUCUUGAUGGAGUGGACGGCGGCGCAGGCCCGACCCUUGGUGAUGACCUUGAACUCUCUGGGCUUCAGCUUCGGCCAUGGCCUGGUGGCCGCAUUGGCCUACGGUGUGCGGGACUGGACACUGCUGCAGCUGGUGGUCUCGGUCCCCUUCUUCCUCUGCUUUCUGUACUCAUGGUGGCUGGCAGAGUCAGCACGAUGGCUCCUCACCACGGGCAAGCUGGACCGGGGCCUGCACGAGCUGUGGAGGGUGGCUGCCAUCAACGGAAAGGGGGCAGUGCGGGACACCCUGACCUCUGAGGUCUUGCUUUCAGCCAUGAGGGAGGAACUGAGCAUGGACCAGGCUCCCGCCAGCCUGGGCACACUGCUCCGCACGCCCGGACUGCGCUUCCGGACCUGUAUCUCCAUGUUGUGCUGGUUCGCCUUUGGCUUCACCUUCUUCGGCCUGGCCCUGGACCUGCAGGCCCUGGGCAGCAACAUCUUCCUGCUCCAGAUGUUCAUUGGUGUCGUGGACAUCCCGGCCAAGAUGGGCACCCUGCUGCUGCUGAGCCGCCUGGGCCGCCGCCCCACGCAGGCCGCAUCCCUGUUGCUGGCAGGGCUCUGCAUUCUGGCCAACACGCUGGUGCCCCACGAAAUGGGGGCUCUGCGCUCAGCCCUGGCCGUGCUGGGGCUGGGCGGGGUGGGGGCCGCCUACACCUGCAUCACCAUCUACAGCAGCGAGCUCUUCCCCACCGUGCUCAGGAUGACCGCAGUGGGCUUGGGCCAGAUGGCGGCCCGUGGAGGAGCCAUCCUGGGGCCUCUGGUCCGGCUGCUGGGUGUCCAUGGCCCCUGGCUGCCCUUGCUGGUAUACGGGACGGUGCCGGUGCUGAGUGGCCUGGCCGCACUGCUUCUGCCCGAGACCCAGAGCCUGCCGCUGCCCGACACCAUCCAAGAUGUGCAGAACCAGGCAGUAAAGAAGGCGACACACGGCACACUGGGGAACUCUGUCCUGAAAUCUACACAAUUUUAGCCUCCUGGGGAGCCUGCGAUGGGACAGCUGGAGGAAGAGGCUUCUUCUGUCCUCUGGAGAAGGCAGGAGGAAAGCAAAGGCCUCCAUUUCCAGAGGCCCAGAGGCUGUCCUCUGAGGUCCCCACUCUCCCCCAGGGCUGCCCCACCAGCCGAGCCCUGCCCCUCUCACAGUCCAAAGGGCCCCCUUCAACACUGAAGGGGCAAAGAACAGUUUUAUUUGCAGAAGGCGGCCCAGUGCACCAUCACCCCGCCCUGCCCUCAUGGCUUCAGAGAGCAGAGGGGUCAGGCCCAGGGGAACGAGCUGGCCUUGCCAACCCUCUGCUUGCCUCCUCACUGCCACUUGUUCGCCCACACCCAUCCACCUGCCCAGAGCUCAGAGCUAACCACCAUCCAAGGUCAAGACGUCUCCUGGCUCUGCACAAGCAGUAGAGUCUCAGCUCCACAGCUUUACCCAGAAGCCCUUGUUAACCUUACCCCUGGCCCCCUCCAUGUCCCUCCAGACCUCAGCCACCUGCCCGCCACAUCCUCUGCCUGCUGUCCCCUUCCCACCCUUAUCCCUGACAGACUCCACUUAACCCCCAAACCCAGACCCCCUUCCAGGGCUCCAGGGCCAGCCUGAGAUGCCCGUGAAACUUCUACCCACAGUUACAGCCACAAGCCUGCCUUCUCCCACCCUGCCAGCCUAGGAGUUCCCAGAGGGUUGGCGCGGUCCCAUGACUCCAUGUCCCAGCUCCCACACAGCGCUGGACCAGUGGGGCAUUGGUGCAAGGGAUUGAAUAAAGGAAAAACUGAAUGGCUGCCC